UUGUAAUAAUAGAUAUAAUUAUAAUUAUAAUUAAGUAGACAUUUAUAUGUGAGUGUUAUUUUCACUUUAAACCAACGUUGUGAACCACAAAUGUGUCGAGCCUCUCGCUUUCGAAAUGCAUAAAUAUACCAUAUAGUUGGUGAUGUAGAGAUGUAGUUUAGUUGGUAUCAGUGACAACAAUAUGAAUUCUCUUUUAAAAAACUAUGUGCUCACGCUCAGUCCGCUUAUAUAUGGCUUUGGGAUAUGUUAUGUGUGUUCCUGCAGGAGUGACUACAACAAAAACGGAACCAGAUGCUACAAAUAUUAUAAACACGCAUCCUGGGAAGAGGCUUACAGCACGUGUACACAUGAUAAUGCAUCUCUGAUUAAAAUAGAUGAUGUGAAUGCAUUUAAGCUUAGCCUAGUGCAAUCAAUUCUUGCAGAAACGAAGAUAGAAAUUUGGGUUGGUGCAAGAAGGAAACCAGGCACGACAAUUAUACAAUGGUUUGAUGGGGAUAAUGUCAGUCGAUUCUGGUACACCGGCGAACCAAAUGAUGCCCGAGAAGAAUGCGUGGAAGCUAAAUAUUAUAGCCAUCCUUCAUCGCUGAACCAUUUACAGUGUGAACAUAAACUUCCCUUCGUAUGCGAUGGUCAAUGCAGAAGUGACUACACAAGAAAUGGGACCAUAUGUUCCAAAUACUUUGCGAAUGCAGUAUCAUGGGAAGACGCGGACAGACGAUGCAAAGGGGAUAAUUCAACUCUAUUCAAAAUAGAUACAAGAGAUACACUUUCGCUUUUACAAUCAAUAAUGACCAACAAUGCUGUACCUUCGAUUUGGGUUGGAGCAAGAAGAAAUUCUUACUCGAGCGAAUUUCAAUGGAUCAAUGGAGCGAAUGUCAGUCAGUUCUGGGGUGACGGAGAGCCAAAUAAUAACGGUGGCAAUGAAAAUUGCGUGAUCUUGGCUCUUGGAACACCUGGAUUUUUAAAUGAUCAAUCAUGCAAAAUAUCUAUUCCGUUUGUAUGUGAAGUAGCUCAAGACGCUUCUGAACAACUGACGACACCAGGUGUCACAAGCCAACGAACACCGCGAGACAAAUCUAAUUUUGUUACCGAAACAUCUGCACAAUUAACGACACAAGGCGUGAUAAACAAGGGGGCACCGGAAGACAAAUCUGAUACGACGUUACUAGCCGUUAAAAUAGCUGUUCCGUCGUUCGUCGUCGGUCUGCUUAGUGGAGCUCUAACGGCGGUUGCCUGUAUUUACUUGAAGCGAAGGAAACGCCAAACGCCUGCCUAUGAUGAUACUGCAACAGCCGCCAACCCAUCAGCAUAUGUGCAAAAUUAUUCCUACCUAUCAACCAUUGACAACGAACUUCAUCAUUAUGAUACCGUCAAAUGAGUACAUAAAGCUAUUAAAUCAGAGCUUGACAUUUUCAUUUAGUUUUAUGCGCAAACUAGCGUUGUCAUUAACACCAUAUGUACUAUUCUAUAUAAGCAUUCAUACGAUAGAUGUUACCUGGCUCGCAUUAAGGUUUGCUCUAAAUUCGAAUUCCGUCGUAAGACACAAUAUAAAAAAAACGAUUCAAUGCAUGUCACACAUUUGACUAGUUACACAAUAAAAACAGCGGCAAUCCAGUUAACAGACUUUACUUUAUUUCUUUCACUUUUGUUCAAUAAUAGUGAUAAUUUUGUUGAAAGCUGUUUAAUACAUUUUAUUUAACAAAAUAUUACACUAUUUAGAUUCUCAAACUAUAUAACAACGAAGCGGCUUUUCUCUGUUACCAUAAGGCUAUCGGUUAAUGUUGGACUCUGGCCGUUGUAUACGAGUAUACUAAGGUCUGUUCCAAUUUCCGUACCAAACAUAUACGAUAUGUAUUAUAUACAUUAAGAAUUUGCGACGAUUCAUCACAAAUUUCAUCGCACUAUUUAUGAUAGCAAUUUAAAAGAUACCGUAGAAUACCAAUAGUUUUUGUUUUAAAUAUAAUCUCAUAAAUAGAGUGUUUAUAUAUUACAGCGAACUUAAUUCUACAAGAGCUGGAGCUACGUGCGAACAAUCCGAACAAUUUUAGUUUAGGCUAUGAUUUAAACUUCGUUUUUGGAUUUUUAUCAGAUUGAAUACGAUUCGUUUUUACAGAACAAAAACGUAGAUGGUAAAAGGUUUUAAAAACACUUGAUAUCGUAGAAUCAACACAAAUAGACAACAUGGCGCAAACGAAUUGCUGUCGCAUAGAACACUAUCUUGAAAUUGUAUUUGUGUCAUGCAUGCAUACAUUUGUUUGGUAGUUGUGUUAUAGUUAAAGUGGAUUUAAUGUUCUUUAAUUGUUGGUAUCUUUUCUGCAAUCGCAGCAUUUUUGAAACAUAGUUGCAAAAAGUAUAUUGAGUGUCAUUAAAUAGAAGUACAGCCUUUUUACAUAUUGCGUAUUAUUUAAAUUUAAAAAAAUCAUGCUUUUAGGCCAGAAUAACAUUUCCCGGGCUACUGGAAACAAUUUAAAAAAACGAAACAAAGGAAUAACUUAAUACCUAUAUAAUAUACUACUUGCAUUGUUAUUAAUCCUGCCGCAGUUUAAUUGAUAUCUUAUUCAUUAAGAUAAUCCAUAAUAAGCAAUAGUUAUACCUAUAAUGAAAGUGGGUUAUGUAUAUAUUUCUUGGUCAGUUAGUAUAUACACUAUUUGACAUUUUACCAUUUAAUGUUAGAAAAAGUAUGGUUACCCUAAAUUUUGUAAAAAAAGGUCAUAAUCCAAAAUAGUACCAGGAUCAUUUGUACAUAUGUAAUUGUGUGUACAAUUUAUAUAGAUAUACAAUGUGCAAAGCCGUAUGUUUUCAAAAAGUUAAUAGCACGUGUUAAACAUAAAAGUAACGCCACAUUUUGUAAAUAACUUUAAACACAUGCUAUUUAAAGAUUCCAUUCCUCAGAUUCGUACCUCUAAACAAGAAAUUGUAUCAAAAGUUUAAAACAAAAUGUUGACUUCAUAGUAUGGCGUAGAUCUCUUUAUCAAAUUGUUUAAAAUUAGUUUACUUGAUAAAUAAAUUACCAUUAAUUAUUUAGUUAUGUAUAUGGUGGUGUAUACAGUGCAUAUCUUUGCUUUCAUCGACCCGAAUUAGUUUAACGAUGAAUGAUCAAGCAUGGGCUUUGACCAAUGUUUUUUGUUAGCCUUAAGUUAAGUCGUUUCAGCGCUUUACCUCUAUAUCAAGUAUAACAUUUAUUGUAAAAAUUGAGAAAAUAACCCUGAUGUAUGUUAUCAAAGUAUCUUGAUUAUCUAAUCAGAUGAUCUGUUGCAAGGGGUUGAGUAUCUCACAGACCAGCCUAUGCUUAUCCACUUAAGUAUUCUUAUGUUGCUGUAUGUUUGAUAUUGUAAGUGUUAUAUACCGAUUGUAUUAUGUAAAACAGUGUCUUUUGGUUGGAUUCAAACAAUAUGGGAAUAUACACAUUCAAUGUUUUUAGCAUACGUGACCAAGGUCUGUCAUUUACAUGUGGAUGUAUAUAUAUAUAAAUAUUUAUAUUAAUUUGCCUUCCCUAGAUUUUAUAAACUUUUGGAAGAGGUCAAAACUAGAGUCGAGAUGCAUAAAUGCCGUAAAUCUUCAUUAUCACUGGGUAAUGCAUGUCUUCAAACUUAACCGCAUACAAAUAUCCCGAUGCUUAUGAACCUUAAACAAAGUUUCAAACGUGUGCAUGACAAUUAUAAAACACAUUAUUAUUAUUUUAUUUUAUUCGAUAUUUUUUUUUCUAUAAACGCGACGUUUUAGUUAAUAGUUUUCUAAGUCGAAUGCUUAUUGAAUACAAUGCAUAUUUUAAUCUUUUGCACAAAUUUGAUAAUUGUCAUUUUGCAAUUCUGUAAAAACGAUUCCAUUAUAACCCAUGUUUGAUUAAAUAUGAUCCAUUUGAAUUCUUUAUAUUUUUAGUAUUCGUUAACGAAACCAAAUAUAUGUUUUUAGUAUAUAUACAUAUUGAAUAUACCUUAUUAUUGUAUUAUUUCAGACUGGACUUCCUUCGUCUUUGUAUAGUCUUUUUAUGUUGUUGAUUCAUUUUAUUUACGUACGUACGAAACGGUUACAUAGAUAGGGAUAUUCUUUAUCAUUGUUACAUUUUCUAUGUUAACGUCUUUCUCUUUCGGGCUUCAUUGCUACGGAUAAUACUGAUCAUACGUUAGCGUACACAGGAUGUAUUAACAAUCUCAUCGGCCGAAAGUUGUCUAGCGUUUAGAACUCACACUUUUAACAUGAUUACGUGUUUUAUGAUCCCCACGCUUUUUGAAAAGCGUGGGGAUAUUGUGAUUAUCUCCGCCGUCCGUCUGUCCGUCUGUCUGUCCGCCUGUCUGUCUGUCCGUCCUGGCCACUAUCUCCUCCUACACUAUAUCACUAGAACCUUGAAACUUACACACAUGGUAGCAAUGAGCAUAUGUGCGACCUUGCACUAUUUGCAAUUUUGAUCUGACCCCUGGGUCAAAAGUUAUGGGGGUUGGGGCGGGGCCGGGUCAGAGAUUUUCACUUCUUUUUUAUGUUAUUUUACAUUAACGUCUUCAUUUCUGCACCGAUUUACUUCAAAUUGAUACUGAACCUCUCUAAUGACAAUACAGUCAAUCUCAACUAUGCAUUGCCCCAUAACCAACCCUGGGGCGCACCGCCCACAUAGACCACACCCACCCGAAAUUGCCUUUUACUAUAAUUUCUUCAUUUCUACACCGAUUCACUUCAAAUCGAUACUGAAAUUCUCUUAUGACAAUACGGUCAAUCUCAACUAUGCAUGACAAUACGGUCAAUCUCAACUAUGCAUGGCCCCAUUUCCAACCCUGAGGCGCCCCACCCACAUAGGCCACACCCACCAAAAAUUGCCUUUUACUAUAACUUCUUCAUUUCUACACCGAUUCAUUUCUAAUUGAUACUGAACUUCUCUUAUGACAAUACGGUCAAUCUCAACUAUGCAUGACACAAUUACCAACCCUGGGGCGCCCCGCCCAAAUAGGCCACACCCACACAAAAUUGCCUUUUACUAUAAUUUUUCAUUUCUACACCGAUUCAUUUCUAAUUGAUACUGAACUAUUCUUAUGACAAUACGGUCAAUCUCAACUAUGCAUAGCCCCAUUACCAACCCUGGGGUGCCCCGCCCACAUAGGCCACACCCAUCCAAAAUUGCCUUUUACUUAACUUCUUCAUUUCUACACCGAUUCACUUCUAAUUGAUACUGAACUUCUCUUAUGACAAUACGGUCAAUCUUAACUAUGCAUGGUCCCAUUACCAACCUUGGGGCGCCCCUGGGUCAAACAUGCGGCGUGGGGAUACGCGUCGGCUUUUGCCGCGCCAUUUCUAGUUAAUUAAGUGAUAAUGCCGAGGUUCGGCAUACCGAUCAACUGUUUUUAAAGGCAGCUUUUGGUUUUAUCAUAAUGUGGUGUAUGAAUUGUCAUGUACUGUAUAUGUGGUUAGUCACAUGCCUUUAAUACAAAAUCAACUUGCGGAAUGGCUUCACUAAUUAAUUUUGGAAUUUCAAAAUCUGUAUUUAAUUGCGUAGGAUUCCAUUUUUGUUUCAUAUGAUGCAUUAAGUCGCAUUUUGCAUUAUUGCUGAACAUGAUAAGACUUAUUAUUAUUGAUUAUGAUUUAUAAUAAAUACACCAAAAUGUGAAGUAACCAUAUAACAUGUACUACUUUCUAUUUAUUAGUCGUUGUGUUAGUAAGCAGUAUAUUAUUUGGUGUGCAUAUGGCUUAACAUAUUGGCUUGUUAAUUGAAUUUCUUCAUCAAGUUCGGAAUUAUUUGCUUUGUCAGUGUCCAUGAGCAGUCGUAUAUUACGCACCAUGUAAUGACUAAUUCAUUUCACAUUUUGGUGAAUUUUUAACAAAAUUUAUUUCAAGCGGUCUGAUUGACAUAACUAUUCAAACGCAAUUGUUAUAAAAAAGAAGAGUAUUCAAAGUGACAUGUGCAUUAAACUUUCUCAAUGUGAACAAUUUCUAACGUCUGAAAUUUGACCAAUAUAGGAGUAUAUUAUGAAAUAUUAAAUGGAAAUAAAGUUGGCGCUUGUUUAAUGUUAAUUUAGGAACACAAGGAAAUGUCUGCCAUACAUUUGUUUACACGAACAUGAUUGAGCCAAUUAUAAAAUACAACAAACGAUUAAAUAAUUAUUUUUGUACAAAUGGAAAUACAUCUAUAUUGUGUAUUGCUUGAAAACGUUAUUUGUAAAACAGCGUGGUUUUAUCUGUUAAAUAUCAGUGCUGGAACGCUGAACCAAUGAACUACACUAUCAAUAUUUCCUGUACACGAAGUAUGUAUUGCCUUCAGUCAAUCAAAUAGUAAUGAGUUUAUGAGCGAAUGUUUUUUCUUACGGUAGUUUAAAUAGUCUGGUUGGUGUGUUUUUCAUGUGUGAUGUUUGAUUUUUGUACAUUAUAAAUUUCAUUUCUAAAUCAUAUU